UAGACUAACAUUUCAAAGGAAUUACAUAGUCAAUAGAGCUACAUUGCAUGUGAUAUAGACAAAUAUUUUGUUUUUAUAUAUUUCUAAACACAUAUCAGUGUUGUAUAUCAUGUUGGAGAUGCUUGAAUACAGUCACUAUCAGGUGCAGUCCCAUCUUGAAAAUCCCAACAAGUACCACAUUCAGCAGAACCAAAGACAGCAGGUGAGACAGUAUCUGUCAACAACAUUGGGAGGCAAAGCUGGCAGUCAGUGUCCCAGCCAGCCCCCCGAACACGGCUUGCCACCCGGGCCUGGCAGCAGUGCCCCCAACAGUCCAAUGGCUCAUCUCACCUUAACCUCUAACUGUGAGAAAGAGGUACGCGUAACAAAGAUGGAUGAUGUUAUUGAUGAUAUAAUUAGCAUGGAGUCAAGUUAUAAUGAAGAUGUUCUUGGACUUAUGGAUCAAGGACUCCAAAUAAACACCACACUACCUGUGUCUGGUAAUCUUCUCGAAGUAUACGGCAACCAAGGACUUCCACUCCCAGGCCUGGCCAUCAGCAACUCAUGCCCACCAACCAUUAAAAGGGAAUACACAGCUCCUGGCAUGAAGCAAGUACUGAGCAAACCUGGACCAUGUGGCCGGUACGAAAACUAUCAAAGAUCAGAUGGCUUUCCAGUAGAGGCUGAGGUUCGUGCUCUGGCAAAAGAAAGACAAAAAAAGGACAAUCACAACUUAAUUGAACGAAGACGAAGAUUUAACAUCAAUGAUCGGAUAAAAGAACUUGGGACUUUGAUUCCCAAAUCAAAUGACCCAGAUAUGCGCUGGAAUAAGGGCACCAUUCUAAAAGCUUCAGUGGACUAUAUAAGGAAACUACAGCGGGAGCAGCAGCGGACUAAAGAGCUUGAGUGCAGACAGCGGAAGCUGGAACAUACAAAUCGUCACCUUAUGCUUCGAAUCCAGGAGUUGGAGAUACAAGCUCGUGCACAUGGCCUCACAGUAGUUUCAUCCCCAACAGUCUGCACAUCAGAGAUGAUGGGUCGGGUCAUUAAACAGGAACCCAUCGUUGAUGACUGCCAUUCGGAGCUCUAUCAUCACACCUCAGCUCCUGACAUGUCCCCACCAACCACUUUAGACCUCAACAAUGGCACAAUAUCCUUUGAUCCGAUUCCUACAGACCCUGUGGAACCUGGCCCAUAUGGAAACCCUAGGACCUGUAAAAUGAAAGAACUGGUCAGGGACACUACAGUGUCACCAAUUUCCCCAAGCGACUCAUUACUAUCUUCAAUGUCUCCAGAUGAGUCGGUUAAUAUCCACCACAACUCUAAUUCAAGAUUGGAAGACAAGGAGUGUGCCUGUUAGUAUAGCUUUAAGAUCUCCAACUUUUAAAUUUGUAGCAUAACAACAAUGAGACACACAUUUUCUUCAGUAUUUAAUUAUAUAAUUACUGUGUUUUUUUAUUUAGAGCCACACAAUAACACUCACACUGGUUUAACGCUGUUCCCAUUCAUCAACCGGGAUUGGGUGCCAUCUACAGUAUGCUUAAGGGCACCAGGUACUCAGGCUUCCUUGUUUAUAUGAAGACUAAGACAGUGUAUAUCCUGCAACUUACACUGAGGUGUUUUCACUCAGGCACAUUUCAUUUUAAUGAAACUUGAGUUUCUUUUCUCCACUUGUUGCAGCUCAGACACAUUUUACAGAAAGGUUAAAAUUGCACUAUAGCAGCAAUUGGGUGCUAAUUGCCAUGCCCUGUCUUGUUCAGAUGUCCAAUCGCACAAACAAUCAUUUGUCAAAAGUGCAUUCUGAUUUUUGUACGUAUGUUGCAGUAAAACACAGAGCCCAUUGUUAGAAAUGUU